AUUAAGGCAGUGGAUAUUGAACAGGCUUGAACCUUGGGGUCUCUAUUUUUCAAUAUGGCUGAAGCUCAACCACUCGGUCCUAUCGAGCUUCAACCACAACCGAAGACCGUGCAGGAACUGGCAGCUAUCGGCGGUAAAGAAGUUCCUGAAAGAUACAUCCGUAAAGCUGAUAACAGUGGAGAUGGAGCCCUUGAUGUCUGCUUUCCUGUGUUGGAUGUUCCAAUUAUAGAUCUGCAACUCCUUGCAUCUUCAUCUUCCAACAGUGGAGAAGAACUCGACAAACUCAGAUCGGCUCUCAGCUCCUGUGGCUGCAUUCAGGCAGUCAAUCAUGGAAUUCCAGGUGAGUUUCUAGUCACACUGCAAGAACUUGCUCGCCAAUUCUUUGCUCUUCCAUCGGAAGAAAAGAAGAAAUACUCCAGAGAAAUCGGGGGCAUCGAAGGGUACGGAAACGAUAUGAUCUUAUCCGAAAAUCAGAUACUCGAUUGGACUGAUAGAUUGUAUCUUAUACUGAGCCCUGAACAAAAGCGAACAUUAAAAUUUUGGCCUGAAAACCCUGAAUCUUUCAGGGAAAUUUUGCAUGAAUAUUCAAUGAAAUUACAAGUGAUCCUUGAAGUCCUGUUAAAGGCAAUGGCAAGGUCACUAAACUUGGAGGAGAACCAGUUUUUGCAACAAUAUGGAGAUCAAGCAACAAUGCAAACAAGAUUCAAUUUCUAUCCUAUAUGUCCAAGGCCUGAUUUAGCUCUUGGGGUUAAACCUCAUGCGGAUGGAUCUGCAAUCACCAUGCUAUUGCAAGACAAAGAAGUGGAGGGUCUUCAAGUCCUGAAAGAUGAUCAAUGGUUUAACGUUCCGAUCGUACCUCAAGCUCUUCUGAUCAAUGUUGGUGAUCAAAUAGAGAUAAUGACCAAUGGAAUAUUCAAGAGUCCGGUACACCGAGUAGUGACAAACUCGGAGAGGGAGAGGACUACUCUGGCUGUCUUCUGCAUUCCGCAUCCGGAUCAAGAGAUUCAACCAGUGGAAGAUCUCAUCAAUGAAACAAAUCCCAGAUUAUACAAGAGAGUGAAGGAUUAUGUCAGUCUCUACUUUCAAUACUACCAGCAAGGUAGGAGACCUAUAGAAGCAGCACUGAUUUGAGGUCCCUCAUAUCUCGGUUUUCCUUAGGCUUUUUCUCAGAAGUGGCAUCCAAAACAUAGAGAAAUGAUACCAAAGUGUGAAAUUUUAAUGAAAUAAAGAAACUUCACAUUGAUACUGACGAUAAUUUGUAGGGCAAUUGGCUCCCAACUAUCAAAUAUUAAGACCUUCAAGCAGUUUGUAAUUGAUA